ACCGAACACUGAGUCACCAGCCGGAGGCUGUGAACUACGCUCGGAUAACCGUAUAUAUAAAGGUAAUCGUCGUCGAUAAACUUCACACUCAGUCAACGUUUAGUGAAUCAAACACACUCAACAACCAAAAAAAUUUAUUUAUUUACCAUGGCAAUCCAAACCGUCGCCGUCUUCGCCUGCGUGCUCGCCGCCGCACUCGCCGCCCCCGCCUACCCGGCACCCGCUGCUUACCCAGCACCCGCCGCCGCCUACCCAGCACCCGCUGCAUACCCAGCACCCGCUUACUCCGCACCCAAGUCCUACGCCCCGGAACCUGCCUACGCCCCAGCCCCGUACAACUUCGAAUACAGCGUGCACGACGAUGCCACAUACGACAUCAAGAGCCAGUCCGAAUACAGCGACGGUAACGGUUACGUCAAAGGAUCCUACAGCCUGGUCGAGCCCGAUGGCACCAAGAGAAUCGUCGAAUACACCGCUGACGACUACAACGGUUUCGUCGCCGAAGUGAAGAAAGAAGGCACACCGUCUUACAGCUCCGCACCGGCCUACAAGCCAGCGUACAAGGCCCCAGCUUACCCAGCGGCCCCAGCCUACCCAUCGGCCCCGGCUUACCCAUCAGCCGCCCCAGCCUACAAGCCAGCAUACUCUGCCCCAGCUUACUCCGCACCGGCUUACUCCGCACCAGCUUACUCUGCACCAGCCCCAGCUUACUCCGCACCAGCUUACUCUGCACCAGCACCAGCUUACGGAUACUCCACCCCCGCCCCGGCUUACGGACACGCCGCCCCAACCUACAAGCAAUCGUACGCCGCCCCAGCAUACAAACAAUUCAACGUUCAGUCAACACACUCAACAACCAAAAAUACUUAUUUAUUCACUAUCAUGGCAUUCCAAACCGUCGCCGUGUUCGCUUGCGUGCUCGCCACCGCACUCGCCGUUCCCGCUUACCCAGCACCCGCAGCUUACCCAGCACCCGCCGCCGCCUACCCAGCACCCGCUGCAUACCCAGCACCCGCUUACUCCGCACCCAAGUCCUACGCCCCGGAACCUGCCUACGCCCCAGCCCCGUACAACUUCGAAUACAGCGUGCACGACGAUGCCACAUACGACAUCAAGAGCCAGUCCGAAUACAGCGACGGUAACGGUUACGUCAAAGGAUCCUACAGCCUGGUCGAGCCCGAUGGCACCAAGAGAAUCGUCGAAUACACCGCUGACGACUACAACGGUUUCGUCGCCGAAGUGAAGAAAGAAGGCACACCGUCUUACAGCUCCGCACCAGCCUACAAGCCAGCGUACAAGGCCCCAGCUUACCCAGCGGCCCCAGCCUACCCAUCGGCCCCGGCUUACCCAUCAGCCGCCCCAGCCUACAAGCCAGCAUACUCUGCCCCAGCUUACUCCGCACCGGCUUACUCCGCACCAGCUUACUCUGCACCAUCCCCAGCUUACUCCGCACCAGCUUACUCUGCACCAGCACCAGCUUACGGAUACUCCACCCCCGCCCCGGCUUACGGACACGCCGCCCCAGCCUACAAGCAAUCGUACGCCGCCCCAGCAUACAAACAAUACUAAUUUAUAAUGAAUUCAAAAAACAAAUAAUUUAUUGUAUGUUUUUGUAAAUAAAAUUUCAAAUUGCCAAUACAAA